AUGCGCUCCAUCAUCUUCACCCUCGCCAGCGGUGCAGCCGCACAAUCACUGCAAAUAGCAGCCGGACAAUCAGCUCAAUACCUCGCGUCUAACCCAGGAGGAGCCAUCCCAGCCGCCGUCCAAGCCCCAAGCAUAUCCGGCUUCACGAACCCAACAAUCCAGCCGUCGAGAGGCGGAUUGGCAGUCUGUGUCUCCGGAAUGGUUCCUGUGACAGCCAGUACUUCGAAGAACAUGAAGUUCAAUUUUGACAUCCCGAUGAAUCAGUCACAGGUCACUCAGACUUUUGUGGCGGAUGUGACGAGUGGAUCGCCGUUCACGGAACAGAUUAUGGCUGGCAUGCAAUCUGUGAAUGGGACGUAUAAUAUUAGUGCUACUUUUUGCACGCCGGCCAAUAAUACGAAGCCGGAUACUGUUGAGAUAUUGACGCAUGGAGUUGGGUUUGAUAGAUACUACUGGGACUUUGCUCCAGGUUACAGUUAUGUCGAUGUUGUAGCUAGCUACAACCGAGCAAGCUUCUUUUACGACCGACUUGGCGUAGGUCAGUCUUCCAAACCCGACGCAAUCAACGUCGUCCAAACACCCUUGGAGGUCGAGAUCCUCCAAUCCCUCAUCACAAUGCUCAAAGCUGGCUCUUUCAGCAACGCGACCUUCUCGACCGUCAUCGGAACAGGCCACUCUUUCGGCAGCAUUCUCACUCAAGCCAUCACCUCCAUGUACCCAACAUCCCUCGACACCGCGAUCCUAACAGGAUUCUCCACCAACUCAACCGGCAUGCCAAUCUUCACCACAGGCCUCAACCUCGCCAUCGCCGCACAAAAUCAACCAUACCGCUUCAGCGGCCUGAGCAACGGCUACCUGGUCUCAAGCUCCAUCAUCUCUAACCAAAUCGCCUUCUUCCACGCCCAAGACUUUGACCCCGAUAUCCUCAACCUGGCAGAAGCCACCAAAGGCACCGUGACCUUCGGCGAGCUGUUCACCACAACGGCUGUCGUGGGACCCGCCAGCAACUUCACUGGAUCGGUCGCUGUCGUGAAUGGAGCUGAAGAUUUGCCGUUUUGUACUGGGAAUUGUAGUUACCCGACGAAUUUGGCGCAAGCAGCGCUUGAGCUGUAUCCGGUGGCUGGAAGUAAGGGGACGUAUUUGGCGCCGCUGACUGGACAUGGGGUGAAUUUGCAUUAUCCUGCUGUGGCGGCUUAUCAUUAUAUUCAGAAGUUUAUUUCGAAUAGUACUUCGUUUUGAAUAUACAGAGAUGUGGGAUGGUAUGGCCAGAGAAGUGAGAUGUGUAGGAUAUCGGAGAGUUAAUAAAUGGGGAUGAAGGACAUGCGGGUC